GGCGCAGCCCUGGCAGUGCAGCCGUCGCAGCGUGGCCGUGGAGGGGCUCUCAGCGCGGGCGUCGUGCCAUUGAAGGGUGCCGGCCCCGAUCCUCGCUCCCGUCGGGGGCUCCGCUCCGCCCCACCGCCACCGCCGCUCGGAUUUGCCUUUCGCGCAGCCAAGAGGGGCGCCUCCCUCCCUCGACGGCCAGCCAAGCCCGGCUCGGACGCCCCGGCGCGCAAGCCAGCCCUGCCUCGCCCGCAUCAUGGGCAGCCACAGCUCGAAGGCGGCCAAGGGGGACGUGAUGGGCCAACAGCAUCCCGCCGAGGCAGCCGCCGGCGCCGCCUCGCCCUCCAAAGCCAACGGCCAGGAGAAUGGCCAUGUGAAGGUAAACGGAGACGUUUCGCCCAAAGCUGACGGAGAGGCUGCUCCCCUCAAUGGCAACGGGUCUGCCGAGCCAGUUAAAGAGGAGCCCAAGGCAGAGGCAGGCAGUGGGGAUGCUAUUGAGCCUGCACCAGUGGCUGAAGGGGCAGAUGCCAAGCCGGAGGCUGCGGCUGCUGCCUCUGGAGCUACCAAAGAGACCCCUAAGAAGAAAAAGAAGUUCUCUUUUAAGAAACCCUUCAAGCUGAGCGGCAUCUCCUUCAGGAAGACCAAGAAGGAGGCUGGCGACACAUCAGCUGUGUCCUCCCCCAGCGAGGAGCAAGGAAAAACAGAGGCUAAGGGGGAGGAGAAUGCAGCUUGUGCCGUUGCAGAGACAGAGGCAGCCAACGCAACCAAAGAGGAAGCCCCUGAGGAGAAGGGUGCAGCCCCAGCCGAAGCUGCCCCUGCUGUGGAGGCUCAGCAGGAAGUGGAGGCCCCAAGGGAGGAGAGCAACCCAGAGCAGGGGCCUGUGGAAGAAAAACAGCAACCUGUGGAGGGUCAGGAGGACAGGAAGCCAGAAGAGACCUCGAAACCAGGGGAGGCUGAGCCCAGUCCUGCACCUGGGCUUCCUGAGGCCAAGGAAGAAUAGAGCCAACUUGUUGUGCACCUAACUUAAAAAUUUAAAAAAAAACACAAGAGACUUUUUCGUGCCAUCCUUCUCAUUCCAGUAACCCCAUGGAAUUGCUGCCUUGUUCACACACACAACACGUCUCUCUCCUACGUUCAGCAUAGAACUGACAAGCUUUUUCACCCCCAAUUUUUUCCUUUUUUUUGUUUUGUUUUCCCCACUUCUUGUCAGACACUGUAAAGCUUAAAAAAAUGCCACUGGGAUACUUUUGGUACUCUGCACAGCCACCGUUGCCACUCGGAGCGAGCUUCCUUAAAUCUUUCUUAAGACUGUACGGAGGAAGACUUCCUGGACCUAACUGGAACUUACUCAGUUUAAUGAGACUCCAGAUGUUAACACCAAGUUCUGGUCUCUUGGAUCUUCUGUUUCUACUAACCCUCAUCAGAGCAGCUUCUUUGUUUCUCAAAGCCCGAUAAGCCAGCAACUGACCGUUCUUCCUCAAAAACGGAUAUUUCUCUUAAUCUCUCGGUUUACAUUCCUGGUUCUGAAUUCCUUUAAAAGUAUUUUGUGCUUUUUAUAGAAACCAACAGUUUAAAAGCUAAUCUGGUUAGUUUUUUAUAAUGUCUUGCUAUUGGCUUAAAACCAUAAAACGUGUAAGUCCACUGUGUUUAAUUUCUCUUCAGAAGGAGAACUUCUUUGGGGUUUGGGAGGGGGGGACUUGGAAGGGCCGAGGGAGGAGAGGUAGGGUGGGCGAGUGCCAGCUAUACGAUGUGGUUUUUGUUUCCUUGUCUUUGUAAAUAAUUUUUUAAUGACCCGACUUCUGAUCUGCAUUUUUCUAACUCCUAAAUAAAAAGUUGUAUGGGUCUUAUUGUAACAUUUGAAAGGAAUAAAUGGUGACCCCCCUGCCCCCCA